AUGCGGCCUAGGGCUGCGGCAACCUUAACCAGCGCAGCCCGCGGGUUACGUCCGUUCCCGGUUGUCCUGCGAGUCGCCUGCGUCCUUGCCCUACUGGUCGUCACGUGGAUACCGGUCACCGAGGCUGUGAUCUGCAGAAGUUCGUACAAAUACAAUUGUAGGGGGAUAAAAGGUGUCGCGGGCUUUCCUGGAAUACCUGGCCCGCAGGGACAGGAAGGACUUCCGGGUGAUAUUGGUCCGGAUGGUCCACCUGGUCCAAAAGGUGAGAAGGGUGCUGGUGGAGAAUAUGGUGGCACAGGAGAAAAGGGCAGCAGGGGUGACCAAGGUAUACAGGGUUUCCCCGGAGCUCCAGGACUGUCGGGUAACCCCGGUUUACCGGGUGUAAUGGGACCAGACGGUCUGGACGGAUGCAACGGGACCGAUGAUGGUGAACGUGGUCCACCAGGUCCAGACGGAGAGAUUGGACCCUCUGGUGACCCAGGUGAUGGAGGUAUCAAUUCCAAGGGCACGAAAGGUAUGCGCGGGAAUCCAGGUAUCGACGGGCCUAUGGGCUAUUCAGGGCAAAUUGGGAUCUCCGGUGAGAUGGGCCCUCCAGGACAGACGGGCGACAUGGGUUAUCCUGGUGGCUCUGGAUUGCCAGGCUUGCAAGGUGAACCCGGCGAAAACGUCUACGGUGUGCGGGGUGCGCCAGGUGAUCAAGGAGACAGAGGAGAGCCUGGUCCAUCGAUCACAGAAACGGAUAAACAGACGGGCAAGGGCGUGGCGACGAAGGGUAACAAAGGUGCGAAGGGGAUGAAAGGAGUUGCGGGGGUAACCGGUCCAAAGGGAAAACCUGGUAUCAAAGGUCCUUCGGGUCGGCCAGGGUUUCCUGGUACUAAAGGUAUGAAAGGAGAGCAAGGCAACGACGGGCCACGAGGUAAACAGGGUUUUGAGGGACCGCCAGGACCUGCGGGAGAAAAGGGAGAGAAAGGAGCUCCCGGCUAUGCUGGUAAUCCGGGACCGGAUGGACCUGACGGAGAACUGGGAGAAACAGGAAACACAGGACCUCCUGGUAAACAAGGAGCUGCCGGAGAACCUGGAAAAUAUAUACCAGAAUUAGACGAAAUAAUUGAAGGAAACAUUGGCAUUCAAGGAGAACAAGGUCCACCUGGAAAGCCAGGAGAAUCGGGAACACCAGGUUUGCCUGGUAAAGUAGGUUACAUAGGACCACCUGGUCCUCCAGGACCUGCUGGGCACCCUGGAUUGCCAGGAUUGAAAGGAUCGUCCAUCAAAGGACAGCCAGGAGACGAUGGUCUUCCCGGAGAGAUGGGCUCUCAAGGUCCUCCAGGUAUACCUGGGUUAAUUGGACCCAUGGGACCAAAAGGAUAUCCAGGAAUAUCGAUAGUAGGCUCCGCAGGUUUGGACGGAAAGCCUGGAUAUCCUGGUGUUCCUGGAACAGCUGGAGAUCGUGGAGAUCCUGGUCCUUCAGGCCCGAAGGGCUUCCCUGGCAAAGGAAUUGGGAUUCGCGGUCCUCCUGGUGAACCUGGCUUGCCAGGAUUACCAGGAACUCCUGGACGCAACGGAUGGCCAGGCUUCCCAGGUACCAAAGGUUUAAAAGGUUUAGUAGGCGACGACUGCGGCGUUUGUUUACCAGGACGACCUGGCGGUAAGGGUGAACUCGGUGAUUCUGGACUGAACGGAUAUCCUGGAACGCCAGGAUAUCCAGGAAUGCAGGGACCUCGUGGACUGAAAGGAAUUCAAGGCAAACCGGGUCCUAUUGGAUCAAGGGGAUUGGAGGGCGACAACGGAAGGCCAGGUGUCGCAGGUCCCCAGGGACCUAAAGGAGAAAAAGGAAAGCUGAUAUUGCCAGAUGGCAAGGUCAUUGGAGAACCUGGCGAUGUAGGUGAAAAAGGUUAUCCUGGUUUCGAAGGACUGAGAGGACCACAAGGUGCACGUGGUCUUCUGGGCGACACAGGACCUCCAGGACCUAAAGGAGAGAAGGGGGAUUACGGUGCUACAGGACUCCCAGGUGCGGAUGGUUACCCAGGCAGCGAUGGUAUUCCAGGUGGAAAAGGUGACGAUGCAUUAACGCCAAUCGAAUAUCUAAGAGGAGUAAAAGGCUUUGGCGGUAUUCCUGGAAUGAAAGGCAUAGAGGGUGAUAAGGGAGCAAAAGGGGAACCAGGUUUAGCCGCGAACGCGAAUGCAGAGCUAAAAGGAGACCGCGGGCCAAAAGGAGAAAGGGGUGGUCCAGGAGCGGACGGUCCUAAAGGACGUCAAGGUCAGAUCGGUGUCGAAGGUUACCCAGGACAACCAGGACAUCCUGGGGUUCCUGGUGCAUCACUUUCGGGUCCUGUAGGAUUCCAAGGAUACCCUGGAAUGCCUGGAGAUCAAGGCCCACGCGGUCCAGCGGGUGCUCCAGGACCGAUGGGACUUACCGGGCUUCCGGGUCGCGCAGGGAAUAAAGGUGAUCGUGGUGAGCCAGGUUCGAAUCAAACCUUUGGCGACUAUGGGCUACCAGGUAUGUUUGGUGAAAAAGGAGACUACGGUGAAGCUGGACCAAGAGGUCGUCCUGGUAGAAUCGGAAUAGGCGGGCCAAAGGGUAACAAAGGUGGCAAGGGUGCACCUGGUUUCGAAGGACAACCUGGUCUUCAGGGAGCUAAAGGUGUACGAGGAGAUACUAUUCAAGGAGUUAGAGGACUUCAUGGAUUAACCGGCCAACCUGGAAUGCCUGGAAAAGUGGGAGACGUUGGUACUCUCGGUCUCGACGGACCACCUGGGUUCGACGGAAUGAAGGGACUGAAGGGAGAAGUCGGUUUGAUUGGACGUCGAGGUGGCGACGGUGACGAUGGACCAAUGGGUUACCUAGGCAGAGACGGUUUACCUGGUAUGCCUGGCCGACCUGGAAUGGACGGUGAUGUUGGUGAGACUGGCGAACAUGGUCCACCUGGCUGGAUCGGCCUCGAAGGAUAUCCCGGACCAAUAGGACCUAAGGGAGAGGGAGGAGUAAUUGGUACACAAGGUCCUCCAGGAAGGUUAGGACAACGUGGAUACAAAGGAAUCCCUGGAGACCCUGGUCCAGACGGUUUCAAGGGACUUCCGGGUGAGAACGCGUUCAGCGGACAACAAGGCGACAUAGGUGAGCCUGGUUUCAUGGGCGAAGUCGGAGCUCCUGGAUUCCCCGGCGUGGAUGGACGACCUGGUUUACCUGGUGAGCCAGGUUUAGCUACCCAUGGGUUCGAUGGUCUACCAGGAGAAAAAGGUGAAUCUGGUUAUGACGGAUUCAAUGGAAUACCUGGUCUAAAGGGAGAAAUAGGCGACAUGGGACCAGAUGGACUGAAAGGAGAAAGAGGAGACUGGGGAUUCAAGGGAUGGCCUGGAUUCAUCGGUAGAAACGGUAAAAACGGCCCGAAAGGUGAACGAGGUCUAACGGGACAACGUGGUUUCAAUGGUACCAAAGGUGACAGAGGAUUGGACGGUGAUCCUGGUCAAAUGGGUAUGCCAGGUCCCAGAGGAUUGCCCGGUUUGACGGGAACACCGGGACCGAAAGGAUUCGUUGGUGAACCUGGUCUGCCCUCGUACGCCGAAGCAGACAAGGGUGAUUUCGGAAAUCCUGGUCUUAACGGAGUACCCGGCGAAAAAGGAAAACGGGGCGAUGAAGGUUUAACAGGAUUACCUGGUCGCAAGGGUGAGAAAGGUGACGUGGGAUUGUAUGGACCCGAUGGAUUCCCAGGUAUAUCAGGAUCCCCUGGUCCACAAGGUGACAUAGGACCUCCAGGUUACCCAGGAUUACCUGGUAUAUCCCCGGAACCUGGUGAACCUGGACAACCUGGAUUGGACGGAGCACCUGGUAUUCCAGGAAUUCCAGGUCAAAAAGGCGCUCCUGGGGAAUAUGGAUACACUGGUCCCAAGGGAAUUCAAGGAGACAUUGGUUUUACCAUUCGUGGUCAGAAAGGACUUCCGGGAGAUCGUGGUGCACCUGGUUUCGACGGCUGGCCCGGUAUUCCAGGAUUGAAAGGGAUGCCAGGUCUUUCUGGCCUGAAAGGACCAAAAGGCUAUAUGGGAGACCGCGGAAAACCUGGAUACUCGAUUGCAGGACGACCAGGAGAUCUAGGAUUGCCUGGAUUAGAUGGCGACAACGGAGCAAAGGGACAAAUAGGUGAUUUCGGUAUUCCAGGAUUUAAUGGACCACCAGGACCAAAAGGAGAACACGGUGAUUAUGGACAACCUGGUUACCCUGGUCCAGCAGGUCCGCCAGGACCAAAGGGGCCAAAAGGAGAACGUGGAUUCUCACAUUUCCCAAUGAAAGGUAUGCCUGGUGAUAGAGGACCCCCAGGACUGCCAGGUUUCCCAGGGGUAGAGGGAAUGAAGGGAGAACCAGGAUAUGAUGGAAUACCAGGACAAGAAGGAGAACCUGGAAUGGCUGGACGUGUAGGUAUGCAGGGCCCAGACGGUGAUGAAGGUGCUCCUGGUUAUUCUGGUUCACGCGGUUCCGUUGGAAUACAAGGUCCUGCAGGAUAUCCUGGAUUACCAGGCGCGCCAGCACCACCGGCGCCAGGACCACGAAACAGAGGCUUCUACUUUGCUAGACAUUCGCAAUCUGAAAUGAUACCAAUAUGUCCGAAGAACAGUGUGAAACUCUGGGACGGUUUCUCCUUGCUACACAUAGUGGGCAAUGGAAAUCCUUACGGGCAAGAUCUUGGUGCCGCCGGAAGUUGUCUCAAGAAGUUUUCCACCAUGCCAUUCAUGUUCUGUAACAUCAACAACGUGUGCGAUUACGCGAAUCGUGAAGAUUACAGCUACUGGCUGAGCACGACAGAACCCAUGCACAUGUCAAUGGCGCCGAUACCGGCACCGGAAGUCGGCAGAUACAUCUCCAGAUGUUCCGUUUGCGAGGCUCCAACUCGGGUGAUCGCAAUUCACAGUCAAACGAUGUCUAUACCACAAUGUCCGGGUGGUUGGGAGGAACUUUGGGUCGGAUACAGUUUCCUAAUGCACCGAGACGCCGGUGCAGGCGGAGGCGGACAGUCUCUGGUCUCUCCCGGCUCCUGUUUGGAAGAAUUCCGCGCCAGACCGUUCAUCGAGUGCCGUGGUUUGGGCACGUGCAACUACUUCUCCACCGCCACGUCGUACUGGCUGGCCACGAUCAAGGAGUACGAGAUGUUCCGUACGCCGAUACCGCAGACGUUGAAGAGCGACCACACGUCGCGAGUGAGUCGUUGCGCGGUGUGCCUCCGCGGACAUUCCACCGCUUCUUCGCAGGGCGGAACGUUGAAGCCUUUCCAGUCGAACGGCGAGAGGGAAACGGCCGGUAACAUUCAGUACGCGCCGUACUAUCCUCGUCAACCGGAGUAUUACUAUCAAAGGCAACCACCUACGGGCAGAGCGAGAGGAUCGGGCAAGAACGUACCUUAUCACUAUCGGAAAAGAGGUCGACAACGUAAGCCGGAACGAACGAACGAGACACCGAAUAAGGCUUAAAAAAAAAAGAAGGAAAAGAUAAUCGACGUGACAGGCAUGAUCCAGUGACGUUUGGAAGAGGAGCAACAGCGAGUCUGUGUGUAUAUAACAAGAUACGUUCGGAAACCUGUUAGUUAAGUUAUCCCGUGUCUAAUUCCGUGUGGCGUUACGGUGAUAACGAGAGGAGAGGCGUGCAGCCAAUCGUGGUUUAUUUUAAUGCCAAAAAAUACGACUAUGGGGAAAUAAACUUCGC